AUGCCGCAGAUUUCAGGUCGAACCGCUCUUAUCACCGGUGUCAAUGGCAUCUCGGGGCAUGCGAUUGUCGAGCACCUCAUUCGUCAGCCUAGAUCCGAAUGGGCAAAAAUCGUGGUCACAUCCCGCAAGCCGCUGCCGCUCCAUUGGCUCGACGACCGAGUGGAGUUCUUCCCGCUCGAUCUUCUUUGGCCCGAGGAGAAGAUCGUUGCUGCGAUGAAACCAUACUGCUCGGAGGUCACCCAUGCAUUCUUCACAUCCUACGUGCACACCGACGAUUUCCCGCUGCUGCCAAAGUACAACAUCCCACUCUGGGAGAACUUUCUGUCCGCUUUGGAAACGGUUGCAGGCACCUCGCUUCAGAGAGUAUGCCUUCAGACGGGAGGAAAACACUACGGAGCGCAUCUUGGCGUGCCCACCCGGGUUCCAUACGAGGAAGAUAGCCCUCGUUAUGAUGAUAAAGGCGAAAACUUCUACUACGUCCAGGAAAACUUUUUGUUCAAACGGCAAAAAGAGGCAGCAGCCAGAGGCCACAACUGGCAUUACAGUAUCAUCAGCAGACCUAAUGGCAUCGUUGGCUUCACGCCCGCCGCCAACGGUAUGUCCGAAGCCAUCACAAUGGCCUUGUACUUCCUGAUCAGCAGAGAGCUUGGCCAGAAGGCUGAGUUCCCCGGUAAUGACUACUUCUACAACUGCGUGGACGACUGCUCCAGCGCAAAGGGUAUCGCCGACAUCUCAGUGUGGGCGAUGACCGAAGAGCACACCAAGGACGAAGCAUUCAACUACGUCAACGGCGACACCUAUGUCUGGAAACACCAUUGGCCGCGCAUCGCCGCCUACUUUGGCGCAGAGCCGGGUUCCCCGGUCGAGAGCGCAGAGUCCUUAAAGGGCGGCACAGCCAUGAAGCACACCUUCAUGAUGAGCGACUGGGCCUCAGACAAGCGCGCGGUCUGGGACGCCGUCGUCGACAAGUACGGCGGCAAGAAAGAAGCGUUCGACUGGGGCACGUGGAAGUUCUUCGACUGGACCACGGGAAAGAAUUGGCCGACGCUGAGUUCCAUGUCCAAGGCACGCAAGUUCGGCUACCAGGGCUACAUUGACACGUAUGACUGCUACGUCGAAACCUUCCGAGCUGUAAGUUCCUUCUAA